CGCGAAAAUCACCGCGUCAACAAGGCUAACGGUUCAACCUCGUCAACCUACUGUAGCUCGCCUCGCCCCGCGAUUCAGUGGCCUCACCGUUCAACUUCAUGCCUCAAGACACUCAACAUUAUGGAUUGCAACGAUAACGCAACUAUACUAAACACCGAGGAGCAAGAAGAUGAGCCCUUCUACUGCUCGCCGGCUUAUGCUGAGGGGGAUGUCAUAUGGCCCGGAUCCGACUCAGAGGAGACUGCGGAGGAGACUGAACGGAAGCGUUUACGAUACGAGCACCACGCCAGACGAUACCUGCGAGGCCAUUUACCAGUAUUACAAUCUGCGGCCCUCAGAGGACCGUUGUCGGGAUGGGUAAACCCAUGGCGUUGGGUUUCGAAGCAGGACGAUUGGUGGCAGCCUCGUUCAGAAGACAUGCUUUUCACACGAGAAAAGGUUAUGAAAAGAGCAGCAGACCAUGGGCUUGGUUAUUUGGGUCCCACUGAAGCUCUUGCGUGGUGCAAGGCUUCCGCGCAGGCGGAGGCAGAGGCUCAACGGAUUCAUCCGGAUGGAGGGCGAUCGGAGAACAGGGAUACUCAACCUGAAAUAGGAAACACCUUGAUUGUAUAUGCUGCAGAGUCGCCAGAGGACCUCCCUACAAAAGACGAAUCUUUGACGCUCAACGUAGAACCAACAAACCCUUACCUGGACCAAUCAAUGGUCAAUCACCAUAGCGAAACUCCAUUUACUAGAGGAAAUACUCGCGAGACUACAAGAGGUACAAAGAGACCUGUUGAUUCCCACUGGCUAAAGGGAUCUUACGUUUCUAAACGUGCUCGAUGGGAUGGCCCGGCAAUUGCUACACCUACACCGCAUCUCGAAAUGGGCGAAAGAUACCAGCGGCGGCACCAGAGCUUUCCAAAGCGGAGUGGAUCAGACAAUAGGACAGGCACCGAACCUUCCCGUAUUUCAGUCAGCUUUGCAGACAUACCGUCAUCCCGGAGACAAAUGGAUAUUACGUUAGACCCCGACUCACCAGAUGCUGCUUCACUCAGCCACGGCCAAACGUCGGCGACACCUGCACUGAAUUCCACAUUUAGAAGAUCAUCGUUAGAGCAAAGUGUUGGCAUUCUCCAGCAGCGGGAGGAAGGAAUUGACGAGCUCCAUGAUGUAUCGCAACAAUCAAUCCUUACAAGUUCGUCGCGGAACAGAUCUCGCAGAAAGCCGCAACGACGGUCUCAUGGUUUUGCUGAUAUUUCUGUUUUAGACAAAGCACCAGAUGAUUUGAAUGCAAAAACACCCCGUCAAAAUCCGUCUCCUAGUAUCUUAUCUUCCGGGGGCGGCACCCAGAAUGGUCCCUUGAGCUCCAAGUCGAAUGAGCUUCCAAAGCUUCCACGCAAGGCUCUAGAGCAGAAAAAUGAUGGAAAUGCGCACGAGGUUGAUGAAUACAGCUUCAUCACAGAAGUAGCACCGUCCUCUCGAGACCUGGAGACGUUCCAAUACAGGAAGAAGCGGAAGAGAAUGGAUUCUGAAGCAUUGAAGCGAAAUCCGAAUGACCGGAAUCCCACGGCGGACUUCCAAGAGUCACCAGGGAUGAUAUCAGAAUCAGGGCAAAACGAUGAAGAUGAGGCAUCAGAUGAUCAAGACUCAAUCGAACCCGAAAACGCGAACAAAACAAAGACCUCAUCCCGGAUUGAUCAGGCACCAAUUGUAGAAGAUGAGGCUCAAGAAAGGAGCAACGAGUCCGAUCAAAGUUGGGAUUUUAUAGAUGAUGCUAUAGAGCAACCGCCCGCUCUGCUGGCGGACAGUAGAGCUCUAGUCGAAAAUACGUCCCCGAAGCGAUCUUCUCAUAGAGAUCAUAAUUCUCCAACUCCGAUUCCACAAACGCUCAAACCUUCAUCAAAGACCAGCAAUCAGCGCUCAAAACUCUCACUCAGAUCUAGCCAACCUUACCAAUCACAGCCAUUGCUAGAUCCGCGAUAUCCCUCACCAGGGCCAUCGGCGGCGAAAAGGAGGGUUGGUAUUUUUCAAGAUCUAAACGAUGGGAGCACGCAAUCAUACAAUACAUCUCCACCCAGACCGACGCUUGAGCUCCCAUUGAAACCUUUACCGCAAGCCAACCCGGACAACAUUCAGCAUGAUGCAAGAUCAUCUAAAGAUAUUCAAGAUGUGAUGGAAGACAUUCAAAAAACUCUUUCCCAGAAUUGUCCGGGUUUUUCAUCCCCAGCUAGCACCCAAAGCGAUAAACAUCGAAGCCCCGAGAUUGGCGAUCCGAAUGAGGUGGGAUCUCUUCACGAACCUCCGCUUGGUCAACCACAUGCUCCUUGUUCCAUUGACGCGAAUGUCUCAUCCCAAACUUCGGUAGCGGGAGAGGAAAGAACUAUGGGUCGAGCAGUCUCUGAGAUUUCAAAUGUCAACGAGCUGCAACGAGCUAAAAGCACUCCACACAAUCAACAAAACUCACAGCAAAAAUUUCCCCGUGCUGCGAAUGCAGGAAAGGACCCCGAGCCUGGAGCAGAAGCAGAGCCCUCUAAUACAAUACAUACACCUCACGUCCAAGAUGGCUCCUUCGAGGUCAUCAAUGGGCAACAGGGACAGGCAAGAAUACUUUCAAGCGGCGUAGUCGGAGACGUUUCAAUAGACGAGGCCUCCAUCACUGGCGCAUUGGGAGAACCUCGUGCAGCUGCAAGUGAUAGAAUUAAGGCUGUAAACAAUGAUUUGGAGUCAAGCUGGGAAGGUUGCGGGCCGCAAAGCCCGUGGGCAAUCGAGAAUCUUGAAUCACUUUCCAUGAAUGGCCACGCACGAAUCAAUCAUGGUGGACAGCUGAACAGCGGCACUUCUCUGGUUGACGGUCUUGAUGAAAGACUCGCUUCUCCAGAAAGUGGCUCUCUCUCCGAGAAACCGGAUUGGCACCAUGUCGAAUGGCCCCAGACACCACCAAUUGAUGUGAUCACGCCCUUCAAAAACCUGAUGAGUCCAACACCAGCUCCAGAACCUAUAGCUUCUCGCUUGCAAGGUGACGGAUUGCCCAAUACCCAAUCACUUGUUGAUGCUGCUACAAACAAUCCGUGGACCAGCAGCUUACGAAAACCGUCGUCCAAGAAAUCUAAGAAACGAGUGUCGUUUAGUGUUCAACACCCGGAGGAGAAAGAAACCUCGCAGCCGGAUAUUUUCGACAGUUCUAAUCACUCGAAGCGGAACCCUGGUUCUCCUCCACCACCAGAACAUGGCUCUUACGUGGACAUGUACGACGACGGCACUGCAACUGUCCCUAAGUUUAUCGGCCACUUCGUUGCUGCUAGGCAAUUCAAAAAAAUUCUUCCCCAGAAUCGAAGCUCUCCAAUGAACAGUAGUCCCCGGCUCAGUGCCCAGGCCGAAGCAUUUAUUGCAGCAGACCGUGAGGCCUCUGUGGAGCAAUUGCGUUCAUCAUUCUCUCCCAGAUCUCUCUCCCGAAAGCACACAUCAAGGCGGGACCGUGCAGAAGAGGACCCCUGGCUCAGAGACAGAUCACUGGGAUCUCUCCAAGCGAGUCCCAAAUUGCCGGAGAAAGGGAAGGGUAAUCUCAUGGCAAGCUUUGACAUGGAGGAUGCUAUUGGCGACAUGUCUGACUUUUUGGGGGAUUGGUCAGUUGACGCCGAGCUGAAGAAAGCAAAGGGAUCCAAGGAAUCGAAGGAAUCCGAAUCUAGCGGUCGCCGUGAGAGUAAUGGCUGCAGGAGACGGAGGCUGUUUGGACUUGUGUAAGAUUGCUAGCUGGCAUAUCAGAUUUUGCACCAUGGUGAUGGGGCCAUGGGGUUACAGGUAGACCUGGUAGAAACAUAAGUCUCAUUACGAGUAAGUGGCUUUCGGUAGCCCUCAACAAAAGCCGUCUUUAUCGAACUUGUGUCCUCUGAAGAGCCAG